UCCCACACCCACACACAAACCCAGAAUGACUACAAGAAAGCAAAGAGACACAUUCAGCCGACAGUAGCACACAGCACAGAGAUGGAGCCACAAGAGAUCAGAGAAGGAUACUUGGUGAAGAAGGGCACGCUGUUAAACUCUUGGUCAGCAGUGUGGGUUGUGUUGUCAGAGGAUGGGCUGGAAUUCUAUAAAAAGAAAAUAGACCGCUCUCCGAAAGGAAUGAUUCCCCUGAAGGGAGCCAAACUUCUCAGCCCCUGCCAAGAUUUUCCCAAAAAGACACUGGUCUUCAAGAUCACCUCAGAAAAGAAGCAGGACCAUUUCUUCCAAGCCUCAUAUGUGGAGGAACGAGAAUUCUGGGUAAAGGACAUUAAGAGAGCUAUUACCUGUUUGGAAGGUGGGAAAAGGUUUGCCAGAAAAUCCACCAGACGCUCCAUCCGCCUGCCUGAAGUGAAUCUUACAGAUCUGUACAUGGAGAUGAAGGACCAGGACAACGGAAUAAGAGAGAUAAAACUGGAGCAGAAUAACCGACUCUUCAACUACUGCUUCACUGGUGCAACAGUGCUUGAGUGGAUGAUCUCAAACGGAAAAGCGAGAAACAGGCAUGAGGCUCUUGUGCUGGCUGUGGGGCUGAUGAAUGAAGGCUACCUCCAGCCUGCAGACGACAUGUCAAAAGAAGCUGCAGAGAGCGGAGAACAAACAACUUUUUUGGAUGACACAAAAGCUCUUUACUACUUUGCAGACAGUGGCUUCUUCUGUGAAGGUUACUCAAGUGAUGAAGAUGUGCUUGUAAAAGAAGAAUUCAGGGGAAACAUCCUCAAGCAAGGUUGCUUACUUAAACAGGGGCACAAGAGGAAAAACUGGAAGGUGCGGAAGUUUAUUUUGCGAGAUGACCCUGCUUUCAUGCAUUAUUAUGAUCCUUCCAAGGGUGAUGAUCCUCUGGGUUCAAUCCAUCUUCGUGGUGCUGUGGUCACAGCUGUGGAGUUUGUGCCUGAUGCGAAAAAGUACGACGUUGAUGGCAACCUCUUUGAGAUCAUCACCGCAGAGGAGACCCACUACUUCCUGCAAGCUGCAACAACUGAAGAAAGAAAGGAGUGGAUCAAAGCCAUACAAGUUGCGUCAAAAAGUGGAAAAUAACAGGCGCAGCAAAGCAGCAGGGGGAUAUCUGCCAGCCACGAUUGUUACAGUCCUACAUUUAUUCCCUUUUGUGGGAUUUUUUUUGGACCUAUGCAGUUUUUACCUUUCUGCAGACAUCAAAAUAAUAUGGAUACGUUUGUGCACUAUGAACAAAACAUUUUAGGAAAAUAAGGAAUAUAUGUAUUUUUGUUAAAACAAAAAAUAGACAAUUUAAAACAAAAGUCUCUUUGUAAACCUAGAUAAAAUAUAAUAAAAAACACCCUUCAUUGUGGCAUGUUGGUCACACACUGGGUUUGUCAUUUCCUCUGUUAUUUACCAUAUUCUGACAUUGUCUUUGCUAUCACACGAAAGUACUCAGUUCCUGUCAGAAAUGAUCUGCAGCAAACAGGCAUGCUGCAUCUGUGAGACAAAUUAUCUUUUUCCAGAAUGAGUCAUUUGAGUGACACCAUGGCUUCAAGAUACAAAUUUAUUUCUCGGUUACACAGAACAGGCUUCUGACUGAAUCCUUACUUUGGUGAAUGUAUUGCUGAUUUUUUUUUUUUUUAACGACCCACCUAAACAAAAAUCACGUUUUGUUGUUUUUAAUAUUUUUUGUGGUAUUUAUCUGAUGGUGGAAGUCAUGUAUAGAAAUAUUAAACUUAAAAUUGUAUUCAUGAGUAUUUCUUUAUUUAAAUCGUUGUGAAUCAGGAGCAGAUACAGAGAUGCUGUUGGAAAAACCUCGUGGGUGUGAUGUAAAAGCUACUGUGGUGAGCUACAAGCUCUCAGUUCCAUUUUGACUCAUCUGCUUUUAGACGACUAGAUCCAUGUAUGUCCUCGUUUUCCCAUCCGGGGUUGACAUCUGGCUCCAAACUGUCCGGCUGGAUCGCUCCAGAGUUGCUCGCCGGUAAUUUUAGGUUGAGGGGUGCUGUAAACCAGCAGGACAUGCAUGUUGCAAAGUGGUGGCGGGCUUACUCCUCACCAUCGGUUCUGCCUACAAGUCAGAGGCGGAUUUCUAAUGAACUACCUACACUCUGCAGAAAAUAUGUCCUAGAAACAGUUUUUUUGUUGUUGUUUUUUGGCUAAAAGAACAGAAUCAUAAUUAAAAGACAACUGGGAAGGUUCGGUAAAUAUCAAAAGAUGAUCUGAGUGGGUCUUUAAGCAUUAACACUCAUGUGAUACAGAGUGAGACACUGAGCACAAUGCUAUUUCCAUGUGAGCAGACCUGUGGUAUAUUUAUCAGUCAAGUCUGGUGUUUCACUUUGACUAUAUCUUUUGUGUAGAUCACUUGACAUGAGCACGGAAUGUGGUUUCUAUUUCGUUGAAAACCACAAUUUUAAGAUGCAUUGUAUUACUGUUCCAUUAACUGCUUUCUGAACCAACUUGGCACCUUAAGAGCUGUAGUAUAUUGCUGCUUCAAAAUUGCCUCAUAUUCCUUCACACAUUAAAUGUAUUUUAUAAUUCCAACACUGGAGGGCACCAGAUAACAACCUAACACUGAAGAGCAAUUUACAAAAAAAAUUAGAAAACUUUUUUGUUUGUUUUAACUUGUUACAAAAACAGAAAGUAAAGAGAAACUUGGGAAAUUGGAUUCCCUUGAAACUUGAAUGUGUAUAACAAUAAGUUUGCACUUUUUCAUAAAAAAUGUUUGUUGUCUGAUAUGUUUAUUUCAAAAAGGCAGAUGUUUAACAAACCUGAUAGUUUACAGGAUACAUCUGUCACUAGAAUUGGUACAUGGAAAUUAUAGUGGUGUAAUGUAUCCCGUCUGUUCAUUGUAUAUUGUAAAAAAAUUGCUUUUUUUUCCAGUAGCCUUAAAGGCAAGGCUUUGAUGCGUGUAAUGGUCCUAAGCAAUAAAAAAGACGUGUUAUCAAGA